CGGCCGUGCUGAUGGGGAGAGAAGCCCGGGGUACCACUAAUUGAGGGAGUGAGGAAGGGAGCAGCACGCUCAAACGGGACUGCAGAUUUGUGACAGCAUCCUGAGCUGGGGAUAGACCUACUCUGUGACUUUCAACCAGAUUCAGGCUUCACAUUCCAGAAAACAUGACCCUCGCUGCCUAUAAAGAGAAGAUGAAGGAGCUUCCACUGGUGUCCUUGUUCUGCUCCUGUUUUCUAGCUGAUCCCCUGAAUAAAUCAUCCUAUAAAUAUGAAGGCUGGUGUGGGAGACAGUGUAGGAGGAAAGAUCAAAGCCAGCGGAAAGACAGUGCUGACUGGAGAGAAAGAAGAGAGCAGGCAGACACAGUGGACCUGAACUGGUGUGUAAUUUCUGACAUGGAAGUCAUCGAGCUGAACAAAUGUACCUCGGGCCAGUCCUUUGAAGUCAUCCUGAAGCCGCCCUCCUUUGAUGGGGUUCCUGAGUUCAAUGCCUCCUUACCCAGGCGGCGAGACCCAUCUCUGGAAGAGAUCCAGAAGAAACUAGAAGCAGCUGAGGAGCGAAGGAAGUACCAGGAAGCUGAGCUUCUGAAGCACCUGGCAGAGAAACGAGAACACGAGCGGGAAGUGAUCCAAAAAGCCAUUGAGGAGAACAACAACUUCAUCAAGAUGGCUAAGGAAAAACUGGCUCAGAAGAUGGAAUCCAAUAAGGAGAACCGGGAGGCCCACCUUGCUGCCAUGUUGGAACGGCUGCAAGAGAAGGAGCCGCCUGCUGCGCGGUGACUCCCGGGACCCGAUCGGUGGCCUCGUCCCAUGGACAAGCACGCGGAGGAGGUGCGGAAAAACAAGGAGCUGAAGGAAGAGGCCUCUAGGUAAAGCCCAGAGGCCAAAGAAGUUUCCAGAACAGCCGGACAGCUCCAGCAGCUCCGCAGUUCCUGAGGCAGCCUCGUCGGGCCGUCGGCUGCUCUCCCAGCACUGGGGUUUGGGGGGAGGGGGGUGGCCAGGGGGUGUUUCCUCUGCUUUUGGUGUUUGUAUAUGUAAAGAAUUGACCAGUGAAGCCAUCCUAUUUGUUUCUGGGGAACAAUGAUGGGGUGGGAGAGGGGAGAGAAGGAGAGAAUUUGGGAAAGGAGAUAGAGAAAGACUCAUGGACACUGCAACCCUGCCCACCGCAGACUCAGGUCAAGUACUUGGCUUUUCUUCACAGUGAACGUCCAGGCACCGUGUUGAGGGAAGCUGCACGUGGGGCAGUAGCCAUACCAAGUGAAGGGCGGAGUCCUGGGUGGGGCAGUGGCUGCAGGGUGUGGCAGGAGAGCCCAGGGAAAGGGUGGGGGGCCUGGAGGUGUUGCUUCUGCCCUGCAACAGGUGGGAUGAGGUCUGAGUGUGUGUGUAUUAACCAUCAUCUUUUGAUCAUCAUGACCAAUGAAAUAUUUACUCCUGGCCUCCUGUUCUUUAUUUCCUGAAUUUCCUUUGAGUGAUGGACAGAAUUUCCUUGAAUUUGGUUUCCACCCAUCAGGUGGCAGAUACCCCUUUUGUUCAUUAGUUUGACCAUCAGAACAUCUGAGAGGUGUUGAGUGAUAUGGGUGAAACAUGCCAGCCUUUGGCAUAAUUGAAAAGUUUGCUUUUGCUUUUCUUUUUUUUUUUUAACCCCCCUUUGGGUUGUCCAUUACUGGAUUGAGUUCACUGAAUUGGUGAGGAAAAAAAUUCCAUCUUGCCUUCUACAGAUAGACAUUCUAAUGGUCCCCAACAUGCGUGGUAAGAAGGAAGUUCUCUGCACAUUGGAAGUGUGGGAUUCUAGGUGGUCAC